AUGAAUUGUAAUUAAAUAUUUAUUGAUUAACUUAGAUGUCCUGAUUUUUAUACAAAGAAUUAACAUGCAUCAUUAAAUUGUCCUCCAAAAUACUCUUAGAAUUUUAUAAUGAAUCAAAUAAUCCAUAAACCAAGAAUUUUAAGAAAUUAAUAUAGUGCAUAAAAAUACUCUUCAUCAAUUGAUGAUCUUGCUUAAUCAUUUGAAUAACCUUAAGUUUUGAGUCUAACAAUAACUUAAUUAAGAAAUUUAAAAUCAAUAAACCAAACUAAGAAAACUAGUUUAUAUUCAAAGUCAAAAAGUAAUGAGAAGAAUAUAUUCAUGACUAAUCAACCUCAUGAAAGGAAAAGAUCAAAUACAUACUAAAUUAAUUCUUUAGCUAAAUCAGCUUUGUUAUUUGUAAGUCGUUAAGAAAAGAGAAUGAAAACAACAGAAAAUAUAGAUAAUUAAUUCGACAUAAAAAAUUUAGAUUUAUUAUAAAAUACGUAAUAAAGUAUCAAACAUAAUCAUUUAAAUACAUCUAUAAAUUUACUAAAUUACAAUAUUGAAUCAACUAUACAUUCAUAUGUAUCAUAAACAAACAUUUCUUUAGCAACUUAAAUCAAUUUGGUUAAAGAAUAUGUCUCUGAUACUAAUCAAUACAAUAUAAAAUGGGAAGAUUCAGAAAAAAUAACUAAAAAUAUACCUAAAAAAUUAUUAGAAAAAUAUGCUACUUCAGAUGAUACAUCUUUGUAUUUAGAAUCUUCUAGAUUUAAAAUUGAGAGAAAUUUUAAUUAAGUUUAUAAAUCUGGUAAGUUUAGAUGGCUCUAUCCUGGAGAAGAAGCUGCAAUCAUUUAAGGAAUCGAAACAUUUCUUAAUGAUUGUUAAAAAAAGGUAUCAUAGUUGAUGAUGAGCAUAUAAAAGAUUUUGAAAACAAUAAUCAGUUAAAAAAGAUUAGAGUAUUUAUUUAAUUAUCCAAUUUGUAUGAAAUAAAUAGAGGCUCAUUGGAAAAUUAUGGCAACCUUAUUUAAAUUAAAAUAAUAGCAUCAUAGCUAUAAAAAUUAAGUUACAAAUAGAUUAUGGAAAGAAAUUUAAGCUUCUAAAACUUUAUUUAUAGAUUUAAAUCUGGAUAAUAGUAAACUGGCUAUAUUUAUCAAGUAAUUACAACAUUGA